AUGCGCAGCUUGAUACCAUUGCUGGCCAUUCUGACCACAUCGUGUGCUUUCCGUAUUCAGCUAACUGAACAAGAUGCAGUUGCUGGAUAUACUGAUGCGAUUGCCAGAAAUAAAUUUUUACCCUUAGCCGCCGCAGCCUACUCUGGUGUUCCUGGAAACUGUUUGGCCAAUGCUUUCCAAAAUGCUAAACUUAAACGACAACUGAAUGUCAAAUGUGAUCUUUUCCAUAGCGAUACAUGUUCUGGUUAUACAGCUCUCUUGAAUGGUGAUCAAGCUAUUGUACUUUCUUUCCGUGGUACUGACGCUUUCCUCCAACUUAUCACCGAAUCUAAUGAAAGCAUCUUCGAAGCAAAGAUUGAUUGGCCAGCAGGAGGAAAAGUUUCAAAAUACUUCUACAAUGCAUUCUGGUCUGUUUGGACUGGUGGAAUGAAGGAUGAUUUCUUAGCUUUGAGAAAUGCUUACCCUACUUACAAAGUUUGGGUGGCUGGCCACUCUUUGGGAGGAUCCAUGGCUUCAUUAGCUGCAAGUUACAUUGUUUCCCAAAAACUUGCUGAUCCCAACAAUGUAACCCUGUAUACUUUUGGACAACCCAGAACUGGAGAUAAAAACUGGGCUUCUGCUCAUGACAACCAACAAUUCACUUCAUAUCGUGUCACUCAUUGGAGAGACAUGGUUCCUCAUGUACCUCCUGUUGGUAUGGAAAGCUAUGCCCAUCACAAAACUGAAGUCUUUUACCACAGUGGAAUGAAGAGCGGAUCUAAGUUCAAGAUUUGCAACGCUGACGAAGACUACACUUGUUCUGAUGGAUUGACUUUCACAAUGAGCAUCAGCGACCACUUGCAUUACUUCGAGAAAGAUGUCUCCGACUUUGGAGCUAGGGGUUGUAAAUAA